AUGUUUGUUUCGAAGACCACCAUUGUUGGCCUACUGCUGCCCUCAGCAUCCGCUGUUUCACUCACAUACAGCAAGCUUUAUGACAACAACUCGAUCCCUGUUAGCCAACUGGCAUGCUACAAGAACGGUCUUAUCAUGGGAGGGUACCGUCAUGGAAAACCAUCGGGGACAUCCCGCAUUCGAUCACCGGUCUUGAACAAGUCGAUGGACCAGAUUCUCCGCUUUGCGGUUCCUGCUGGAUACUUUCAUAUGGGGAAACUUCCAGACCCGUGCUUAUCCUAG